AGCGUCAACGCCCGCGCUUGCGCACUGAGGGCGGCCUGGUCCUUUGCGGCGGCGGCUGAAGAGCCCGGAGACGGCUCUAGCACCUGAUCUGUCCGCCCUUCGCCGCCCGGUCUCGGCUGUUCUCGGCUCGGCAAGGCUCGGCUCCUCCUCAGUCCUCCCGAUCCCUUGCAGCUCGGCCUCGGCCGCCCGCCUCCGCCGCCGAAAUGAUGAUGAUGGCGCUGAGCAAGACCUUCGGGCAGAAGCCCGUCAAGUUCCAGCUAGAAGACGACGGAGAAUUCUACAUGAUCGGCUCUGAGGUGGGAAACUACCUCCGUAUGUUCCGAGGUUCUCUGUACAAGAGAUACCCCUCACUCUGGAGGCGACUAGCCACUGUGGAAGAGAGGAAGAAAAUAGUUGCAUCGUCACAUGGUAAAAAAACAAAACCUAACACUAAGGAUCAUGGAUACACAACCCUGGCCACCAGCGUGACGCUGUUAAAAGCUUCAGAGGUGGAAGAGAUUCUGGACGGCAAUGAUGAGAAGUACAAGGCCGUCUCCAUCAGCACGGAACCCCCCACCUACCUCAGGGAACAGAAAGCCAAGAGGAACAGCCAAUGGGUGCCCACCCUGCCCAAUAGCUCCCACCAUCUGGAUGCUGUGCCCUGCUCCACGACCAUCAACAGGAACCGCAUGGGCCGGGACAAGAAGAGAACCUUCCCUCUGUGCUUUGAUGACCACGACCCAGCUGUGAUCCAUGAGAAUGCCUCCCAGCCUGAAGUGCUGGUCCCUAUCCGGCUGGACAUGGAGAUCGACGGGCAGAAGCUGCGAGAUGCCUUUACUUGGAACAUGAAUGAGAAGCUGAUGACUCCUGAGAUGUUUUCAGAAAUCCUCUGUGAUGACCUGGAUUUGAACCCUCUGACAUUUGUGCCAGCCAUCGCCUCUGCCAUCAGGCAGCAGAUAGAGUCCUACCCCACAGACAGCAUCUUGGAGGACCAGUCAGACCAGCGUGUCAUCAUCAAGCUGAAUAUCCACGUGGGAAACAUUUCGCUGGUGGACCAGUUUGAGUGGGACAUGUCAGAGAAGGAGAAUUCACCAGAGAAAUUUGCCCUGAAGCUGUGCUCAGAGCUGGGGCUGGGCGGGGAGUUUGUCACCACCAUCGCGUACAGCAUUCGGGGACAGCUGAGCUGGCAUCAGAAGACCUAUGCCUUCAGUGAGAACCCCCUACCCACGGUGGAGAUUGCCAUCCGGAACACAGGCGAUGCUGACCAAUGGUGCCCACUGCUGGAGACUCUGACAGACGCUGAGAUGGAAAAGAAGAUCCGAGACCAGGACAGGAACACAAGGCGUAUGAGGCGUCUUGCCAACACUGCCCCAGCUUGGUAACCAGCCCGUCUGCGCAUGGCUCCCACGGAGCAUUGAGAAGAUCGGACCGCCUCUCCUUCAUCUUCUGGCAAGGAGGGAGGCAAAGGGGCAGGCCGGGGCCAUCCUGAGGAACAUGGGGUGUGGGGAGGGCUUCUGGUCACCCUCCCCUGGGCACAUUCCAUUUGUUGAGCCCAGUCCCUGUCCAAGUCUCUGGUCAGAAAGAGGCCUCGUUUUGGGUUAUGUUUUGUUUUUGUAUAGGAGCCCCAGGCAGGGCUAGCAACACUUUUUAAAUAAAAGACAACAGGUCAUGUUCCA